AUGGAGAAAAGGGGAGUCUCAUCGGUCUUGAAGGUUUGUUUGGUGUUGGUGAUUCUAGUAGGGCAGUCCACAGCUCAGGUUGUACCUGCAAUUAUAGGAGUCUGUUACGUGGCUUGCUUCGUUCCGUGCAUGAUUGAUCCCGAUACUACAGCGCUCUCUUGCGCUCUCAAAUGCCUACAGAGAUGUAUACUUCCGAAAUCUACAGUGGGCGGUGUCAAAGACACCCAAUCCUUCUGCAAGCUUGGUUGUGCUACCGCCUUAUGCUCAAAUCUCAGCACGAAAGAAGAUCCUGCUGAGCAGAAAGUUGGAAGCUGUGUGAAUUCUUGUUCAGCGACUUGCGCCAAGAAGAACUGAUCAAUUACCAUAUACGAGAUGGUGAAUG